AGAACCUCAGGGAUUUUCCACCUCGCUCUUUCCGUCAUUCAGACAAAGCCGAACUUGAACAACGGCCUCAAUAAAUAAACACCCUCCCAAUGACACGGUCGUGUUUUUUUCUUGAAAACUCAUUCAUACACUGAUCGAUUCAAUUCUCCCAACAACGAAACGUGCCUCAGGAUCUCCAGCGUGAGGACCUUCGUGUGAGGUUCAUACCGUUGUGUUAUGGUGUUUAAUGCUAGGUGGACUCAUUGGUAAAUAUUUUAUGUUACGCAUUUUUUUUUUUUUAAUUUCACUUAACGUAUUUAAAAGACGACUUUUUUUUUAGCUCUGGUCUUUCGGUUUAAAAAGAGUCAUAUUAUUGAAAUGUUUGUUCCAGUUUGGACUAACCCAUUUAUCGAAAUAAAAGUUCAGAUAGGUCACAGAUAUAACCAAAAAAAAAUGAUGUGGGUCGCGACAUUUGAUAAGACUUCGUACAUAGUUCUGGGGGUGAGAAAAUUUCCAAGCGCUUGAAGUGAGGGCAACCGUCCUUGGUAGCUUUUUGGUAAUAUAUCUAUAACCAAGAUUUUAUAAAAGAUACUUCGGGUAGCGGGAUUUCUUGUGUGUGUGUGUGUGGGGGGGGGGGAGUUCGCCCUGGCUACAAUUUGCAAAGAUACGCAAUGAAAGUAAAGUAGUGGAGACAUUUUGAAAUGAUACGAUUAUGUCGCAAGCCGAUCAUGUUACAGAUGUGAAAAUGAGGAUUACAUCUUUUUUAAGAAAAUGAAGUGUUUUGUCAUUUGUUUUUGAUUUUUUGUUAUUUAUUUUGUUACUUUACUUGUUUGUUAUUUGUUUGUUAUUUUUUAUGUUAUGUGUUUGUUAUUCGGUUCUUAUGUGUUUGUUAUUUAUUUUAUUUUGUUUUGUUGGUGGGGGUUUUUUUCGUUGUUUUUUUGUUGUUGUUUUUUUUCAAUUGUCCGUAAUUCCUGUUCAGGAGCAUGGAAAAAAGAUUAGAUACAUUUUUAACAUGAUAACUAUGUCUCAGAACCCAAAGUUGAACAGAUGUAUAUUUUGUAUAAUUUGUAUAUAAAUUUAAUUAAUUAUCUUUUUAAAAUAAAUGAUUUUUUUUUUUAUUCGUAAAUAUAUUUUUUAUAAAUAUGCACAUCAUUCGAGGUGUUGAAAAUAAGGAGGGUAUUUUUGUUAAUACCAAUAAUCUCACAUCUCAAUCCCGUUACAGGCGUGCAAGUCGGUCUUUAACAUCACUCUAGAUUUAAAAUAUAGGUGUAUUUUCAUUUCAUUUCUUUAAAUGCAGUUCAGGGGUGAUGAAAGAGGUAGGGUAGAAUUUUAGAUUGCUACAAACAUCUCAAAACGAUUUGAUCAACAACAACAACAAAAUACACCAAAAAAAAACAACACAAAAAAACCGACCCAAAAAAAAAAGGAAAUUUCAAAUCUAUAUUGUAAUUCAACUAAAGACAUAUUUGUUUACACUUGUAUAGUUCUGGGCGUGAUAACAUAGAAUCCUAACAUUCUCAGUAGCAUAUGAAUUUCUCAAAACCAAAUGAUUUUAUAAACAUGAACGUUCGUAUGCAAAAUCAUCUUUUUUUUUUUUUUUCUUAAUUGUGUGUGUUCUAUCUUGAGAAUAUGCAGGAAAGUUUAGAUUUAACAAACAUCGGAACAUACACGGGCUAAAACUUCUCAAUAAAUGGUAGGUUAUAGCUAAAUUUAUUUCUCAAAACCAAAUGAUUUUAUAAACAUGAACGUUCGUAUGCAAAAUCAUCUUUUUUUUUUUUUUUCUUAAUUGUGUGUGUUCUAUCUUGAGAAUUUGCAGGAAAGUUUAGAUUUAACAAACAUCGGAACAUACACGGGCUAAAACUUCUCAAUAAAUGGUAGGUUAUAGCUAAAUUUGCUUAUAAUUAUUAUCCGGUUUACAUCGGAUAGUAGUUGCUAGUACCAAAAUAAUAUAAAUACAAACAGCCUAUGUCAUUUAAAUGGUAAAUACUUAUUUUAUUAAACACAUCGCCUUUAUGAAGUUUGUAUCAAUUUUUUUUUAAAUGCCUUCAUAAUUAAUUUAUAUUUAUUUUACUUUUUGCCUCCCCUUUGGGGGAUAAAGCAGAACAAAUUGAUACAUUUUGGACGCGGCGUCCAUUGACACGAUGGUCAACUGGUCAACUUUUGUAACGCCCACAAUUUUGAGGAGAACGUGGAAUGGAAAAUGCAAGAUUCUUUCCCUAACGGUAACGUUCUUGACAUGCGGGUACCUUACCCUGUUCGUUAUUCCAGUACGCAAUGUCAUACUCUCUUCGGUCAUUGAGUACGGUUGGCGCGAUAUGGAGACAUCGGACCUGAUCAGGAUCCAUUUCUGUCAAGACAAAGAACCCGAGGGCAUUUUAUCGAGCACGUCAUGUCCUGUUUUACACAAACCUCAAGUCAACGUAAGUGAUAUUAUCACUUCGUCCCUGGUGUCCCACGAUCACUUGCUGUUUCCGGAAGUUCAGAGGCGGGUGUUGGAGAAAGGUCACGGGCGAUUCCUGCCCGCUCUAAACCUGACACAGAAAGUCGAGAUUUUGUUGUUGUAUAAAGUAGCCGCCGCAGCCCUGGAAUCUGUUGGUGUGCAGCACUUCUUGGUGGAUGGGAGCUUGCUGGGCUUGAGUAGACACGGGGGGUUUGUGCCCUGGGACGACGACCUGGACGUAUCUGUUUUUUUAGACUCCUGGCAUCUGGUCAAGAAGGCGUUGUCUUGUAUCGAAGGCUUCACGUUGUACAAACCUCAUUUUGCACAUUGGAAGUUCCACUACAAGGAUCGUCUCUACCCUUUUCUGGACAUUUUCUUCUACAUGCUGGAUGAGUCUUACGUGUGGGCCGCUUCAUAUUACACUCGGAUAACCUAUAUUUACCCCAAGAGAUUUGUCUUUCCGUUGGGCGAGUCCAUUUUCGAGGGUAUGAAGGUUCCGGUGCCCAAAGACAGUCUGAGCAUAGCAAGACGAAUUUAUGAAUAUGAUUUGUGCUUCGCGUAUCGAGGACAUUUAAAACACGAAGCAAGCGGAUCAGAAGAUAAAGGAUAUUCCAUAUCGAAUGUGUCAUGCCAAGAAUUAUCAUACAUGUACCGGUUUUAUUAACGUUAAAAGACUUGCUUGUUGUUGUGGGUUUUUUUUGGUUUUUUUAGUUGUUUUUUUAAAUAAAUGUUUGUAUCAUUGAGAAGUAGAUCAUAUUAUCAUUGUGAGCUGAGCAUUCUAAAAAUAGAUUCAACACUUCAGAUCUCGUUCUAAAGUUUAUUUAUUUCUCUGCUUUAGUAAAUUUGACUUUCAUAUUUUUAAAUGUUACUGGGCUCAUACUAUGCUGCUCUUCUCCUAGCUGCUCAAACAGUCCCAGCCAACAGAGUUGCUCCCAAUUUCUAAACAUUUAUCGUGUCCUCUCGUUUUCCCUUUUUUUUAUAUUUACUGUAGCUAUUCCCCCAUAUAAAUAUAUUAUCAAAGGUGGGUGUACGUCUUCCAUGCUUGAGAACCGCUCCUUUUUUUUUCCUUAUCUAUACGUCCGGCCAGCCUAGACAAAGGGGCUCACCCAACUACGUCAUUACGUUCAGAGAACGGACCUUUCUUCAUUGCUUAAGGCCAUAUCCUUAUUUGUAUAGACUUUCCUUAAAGAGAGUGAGAAAUAAAGCACAGUCUUUAUUUUUCUCAAACUGUUGGCCGUGUGUCAUGUGUGUUUUUAAUUGUUGUCCUAUAUAAAUUAAGCAUAAUUACACUUGUGACGUAUUUACUCGUGUAGUGCCUUCAUGCAGCCAGGUCCUCUACAUGGCCAGGUCCUCCACACAGCAAGGUCCUCCACCCAACAAGGUCCUCCACACAGCUAUGUCUUCCACACAACCAAAUCCUUCAAACAGCCACGCCUUCUACUCAAACAGGGCCUCCACACAGCCAGCCCUUUACAAAACCAUGUCCUCCAUAUAGCCAGGCCUUACAAUCAAUUAUAAAAAGUGUUAGACUGCAAUAAAGCUUUAAAAUAGAUUAAUUAGAAUCAACCUUACAAUCAACCGUGCCCUCCAUAUAACCAGGACUUCUUUUCAACCAUGUCCUCCACAUAGCCAGGCCCUCCACACAGUCAAGUCCUCAACACAGUUAGUUUGGUCCUUCCUGGUCUUAACCUCAAUAUGUCAGCAAUUAAAUUAUAAUGCUAUUGCUUCAAUGUUGGUAACUCGGUGCAUGAACAGGGACAUUCUUGGUGUACAAGUAAAUUGAUGCAUGAUUGGGGACAUUUUGGUGUACAUGUAAAUUGGUGCAUGAUUGGGGAUAUUCUUGGUGUACACUUAAAUUAGUGCAUUAGAAGUGACAUUCUUGUUGUACAAGUUAGCUACUACAUGAUUGGGGAUAUUCUUUGUGUACAUGUAAAUUGAUGCAUGAUUUGGGAUAUUCUUGGUGUAAAUGUAAAUUGGUGCAUGAGUAUAGACAUUCUUGGUGUACAAAUUAAUUGAUUCGUUAUUGGGGAUAUUCUUGGUGUACAAGUAAAUUUGUGCAUGAUUGGGGAUAUUCUUGGUGUAGAGGUAACUUGACCAUCAAAUCUAUUAUAUUUAGUUGUUGUUGUUUUUCUAGAGUAGCAGGUAAUUGGGAAGAGUGUGUAGGAAGGGUCAAAUAAAUAAGAAAAAUUUUAACACAUUUAGUAAGUUAUAACAUCAGAUGAGAUUGUAAAAAUUGUUUAUUUUAGACUCUGAUAUUAGUGAUCAUACUUUUUGUUGUUUUUGUUUUUUGUUUUUUUCUUUUGUUAUUUCUCUUAAAACUAAUGAGGAUUUUUUUUUUGGCAGUUAUCAUUACUUUAUUAUUAGUAGUAAUUUUAGUGCU